AUGGAUUUCACAAGCACAGUCAUCAUCCCACUGCUUUUUGGCAGCGUGGGGAUCUUCGCCCUUUUUCGCCUGCUGCAGUGGUUGCGGAUGCGAGCGUACCUGCAGGAGGCGGUGGUGGUGAUCACAGGGGCUACCUCGGGCCUGGGAAAAGAAUGUGCCAAAGCUUUCCAUGCAGCUGGCUGCAAGCUGGUGCUCUGUGGCAGAGACAGUGAGAAACUCCAAGACAUGGUGCAGCAACUUUCCACUGUGACCAACCACCGCAAGAAGGUGAGUACACACAAACCUCACACUGUGGUAUUUGACCUCUCGGACACUAAAACUGUGCUAAAUGCUGCUGAGGAGAUCCUGAAGUACCUGGGGCACGUGGACAUACUGAUCAACAACGCAGGCAUCAGUUUCCGAGGCACGAUUGUGGACACAGGACUGGAUGUGGAUAAGAAAGUGAUGGAAACAAAUUACUUUGGUCCUAUAGCCCUCACCAAAGCACUUCUCCCCUCCAUGAUCAAGAGGAGACAAGGCCACAUUGUGGCCAUCAGCAGUGUGCAAGGCAAAAUAAGCAUUCCUUUCAGAUCUGCAUAUGCUGCUUCCAAGCAUGCCACCCAGGCCUUCUUUGAUUGUCUUCGAGCAGAGGUGGAGCAGUAUGACAUUGAUGUGACAGUUAUAAGCCCUGGAUACAUCCAGACAAACCUCUCUCUCAAUGCUAUAACAGCGGAUGGAUCUCACUAUGGAGUUAUGGACAAGAACACCGCGGAAGGACAGACGGCUGCAGAGGUGGCUCAGGUGGUGCUCAAUGCAGUGGGACAGAAGAAGAAGGAAGUACUUGUAGCUGGGCUGACACCCUCCCUGGCUGUCUACCUGCGAAACCUCUGCCCCAGGCUCUUCUUCAGCCUAAUGGCAGAUAGAGCGAAAAAGGAGAGAAAAGCAAAGGCAUCUUAG